AUGAACUCCUCCUCUGUGCGCCAAGCGGCGUCGCGGUCGACCCGAUCAUUAUCAUCCAAAGCUGGACCUUCCUCAUCAACUUAUCCACCUAAAAAAUCCAACGGACGUACAUUACCUUCAUCAACACUUCGAUCCUUGAUAUCGUUACAUCACUCUUCCGCAGGGUUCUUACAUGAUCCAUCUGAACUAAACGUAGGAUUCGAUAAUACAUUUCGACAUACUAAGGGAGAACCUUUCUUCAGGGGAUAUUACGAUUUCACAUCAAGUAUAACAUUUAAUCAAUCACUACAUCCUCCAGGAGGAAUGGAAAAUUUAGUUGAAAAGCCAAAAUCAUCAGAAGCUAGAGGAAUGGAUUUAAAAGGUAGAACAAUCUUACCUGCCGAAAACGUUCAAAAGACAUUCAAGAAAGUAGAAGAAUUAUGGAGUCAACGUGUCACCAAUAAUAGGAAAGACGAACAGUUUUUAUCGGAUAGGGAGUUGAGAGUACAAGAAGCUCUGUAUGGUACUUGGGAAAGAGGUGGUACAGGGAUGGAAAAAACUGAACCUUCAUUAGAAGGCGUGUUAGAAUUCGUAGAAGCAAAAGGGAAGAGCAUAAGUGAAUAUGCGAGUGAAUGGGAGAAGAGAGAUGAGUUGACAAAGAAGGAGGAUGGAACGGAGGAUGGGUUAUAG